AUGGUUGAGCUCAGCUGCCCCGGUGCAUUGUGGGGGAGAGAGGGUGUGAAGGCUGAUCUGGGCUCACUGUUCUCCAACUCCAGCCCCUUCGCCUUCUCCCAGUCCCUGCUCAUGGUGCCUCCGGCUGGGGAAGCCUCCAAAGCGGGGGUCCGGGCUUCAUUCGGGCCUUACUCUGUCAGCCAGCUGGUCUCUGGGCCCAUCCUCCCCCUCUCCCCUCCUCUGUCUGCGUCUCUCCUCUCUAAACACGUGGAGCGAGAGAGGGAUGAAGGAGGAAAGGAGAGGUACAGGGUGCGGGUGUUGUUCCACGUACGAGGGGACACCAGCAGAGGGAGCUGUAUCACCCUCCACGCCUUCAAAGAGACCGAGGAGCAGAAGGCUUCGUGUGUCACACAGCCUCCAUUGGGUCUGUGUGUGGUGACCCUGGCCCUAUCUAAGGACUGGUUUGAGGCGGACCAGACCAGCCAGCCCUACCUCGGCCCCAACCAGCGUGCCAGACACACACACCGACACCGCAGCCGUAAUCGGGGACGACGGCACGAGGGUGUUGUCGUCGGUGGAGCUGGCGGCCUCCCCUUCCCAGGCGCCCUCAGAUACAGCCCCACCCACACUGGAGACCGCAUCCAGUUGUACUACUCAUUGUUCGGCAUAGCGUCCAACAUCAAACUAGCACCCCCUAGUUGUGUGGAAGACAAAUUACCACAGUCUCAGAGACAGUUGAUUUAUAUAGGAGCUGUGACUCUGAGGGAGUACAAUAAGGGGAAAGAGGCCAGCAGGACCAAAGAGGAAAUAGACUGUUGCAAUGGACAGGAAGAGGAGGAGCUACGGUUGGAUUCCAACGUGCUGAUUCGCUAUCGCAGGGGACCGGUCCGCACGGGACAGCCAAUAGGGAUUUCUGUGAACCUGAGGGCCAAUUUCAGUGCAGAGUUUGUUGUUAUCCGACUGAAGGUGAAGAAAGGCCUUUUGUCUCUGGUUGCCCAGCGCUCUCUGAACUCCGACCUCUGGGUUGUGAACCUGGAGAAAACGCAGGGCUCCAAACAUGACGUCAUCUCCAUCAUCUGCCACAAAUUGGCGGGACACAUGGACAGUGACAGUCCCGCUGCUCUGCAGCAGGUUGCCUGUCUGUCAGUGGACGGCUUGCGAAGGAGUUUCGGGGUUGCCAUGACUGUGUCGGCCAGCUGGUGGGUGGAGUACUCAGGCCGUAAUAACCCUCCGACACCACGCGGCGGAGUAGUGAGCAGCUUCUCCUUCACUGACAGAGAGAUAGCGGGCAUCUCUCCCAUAACUGAGAGUGGCAUGAUCAUCAACACGGCCAUCUUGACCAGCGAGCCCGUGUCACUUCCUGUCAUUGUGCUGGCAGUGGGGCAUGAUGGGAAGGUGUCUGAUAUCACCGCGGCGGUGAGGUGUCAGUCGUCCAACGAUGAUAUCAUCAAGGUGUCAAGCGAUUGCUCAACCCUCUUCGUCGACGGAAGUGAAUCAGGGGUGGGCAGCACCUGCGUAGGGGUGGAGUUUCUCCUGGGCACGCUCAGUGGUUCCCUAUGUCUGUCGGUGUGGGCUCCUGUCGUCCCGCUGCGCGUCUCACUGUCCGAUAACGAGCUGAGCGCCAUCGAUGGCUGGAACCACUACACCGAGAACGGGUGA